AUGAAUUAUUUUCAAACUGUGGUUCAAAUUUUGUUGCCGCAAAUAAGGAAAUUAAUCGAGUGGUUAAAUCUCCUUCAGUAUUUUGCCGAUGAACAAAUUAAAUGGCAUUUUAACCCACCUUCAGCACCUCACUUUGGAGGAAUAUGGGAAACUGCUGUGAAAUCCUCAAAAUCGCAUUUGAAAAGAACAAUAGGUGAUCAUAAAUUGACCCUUGAAGAGUUUUUAACUCUUAUUGCACAAAUCGAAUCCUGCUUGAACUCUCGUCCUUUGUGUCCUGUGUCGGACAAUCCCGCUGAACUUUCAGCACUUCCAGGACAUUUCCUUGUGGGAACCACUCUUUCUUCUAUACCAGAAGAGAACCUUCUAAACGAAAACAUACCCCCAUUAAAAUGUUGGCAGUUAACUCAAAAACUUUUCCAGAAUUUUUGGAAAAGAUGGGUUAAUUGA